AUGGAACCUGCAUCAACCAUAUCAUUAAACUUCAACUAUGAUAACCAAUCCGAUCAUUCGUUAUUCAAGUUAUGGAAACUAACCAACGAUUUACUGUAUGUAAAAUGCACCAAUAUAUCAACAACUGAAAGACUCAAUAAUAGAUCUUGGAGACUACUUAAUCAACGUGUAUUGAGACUCUGCCGACAUAAUAGAACCCAGGGCGCCACCAACCAAAACACAUGUAAUUCAAGGAUGAAUGACGAAUUAAAUGACUUGUUUAAGGAGAACUUGAAAGAUUUGAAGCCAAAAACAUCCCAAUUUUUGACGGAAAGACCAACAUUGUUCAGUCAUUCAUCGAAUUUUAGUCUACAAACCAGAAAACGGAGCACACAGACGAGUUUGGAGUCGUUUUCAUUGGAAAAACAGUUCAGUUCUUUAGGUGAAGGUCAUGUUCAUCGGGAUGAGCAUUUAGCCGAAUCGGAUAUGUCAGACAUUUCAGAAAUAUCUGAUGAUUAUGAGGAGGAGGAGGAGGGGGAGGGCGAAGAGGAAGAGAAGGAAGAUUUGUCAAAACACGAAGAAGAAGAGUUUGCUUUGAGUGGUGAAAAUGCUGAAGAGCCAAGCAUCACCAAAACUGCUUCAAGUCCGAGAUACAUCGUGGAUACUUUCGAGAACGCAUCCACACGACCAAAAUUAGCAUCACUGAUUCAUUCUGAUAGAAUAUCACCACAAAAUAUUCAUCGUAACCAAAGUGAUACUUUUUACUUGGGAAGCUCUUCAUCUAGUUCUAAUCAUCAUGACCAAUCUAUCAAAACUCAUUCAACUGCAUUAAAUCCAAAAUCAUCACCAUUACGUCAAGUGACGGCAGAAAAAGUUUGUCCGGAAAAAAAGGAUUCCUCAACACUGGCACCACAUAGUAAGUCUGAGGAGUCUCAAGUUCCAAUUCAACAACCCCAAGUACAGCGACAGAAUUCGUUGUUCAAUAAUUUUAACUUCAAAGACAACUCUUCAGAAAUUCUAAAUGGGUCUAGAAAGACGUCAAAUAAUACCAUUGAUGAAAUUGAUCUACGUCAUAAUAAUGGCUGCUGUUCUUCGACUGACGUCUCGGAAGAUGAAGUUCUGGAUGAUGAUGAAGAAGAAGAAGAGGAGGGGGGCGAGGAAGCGGGCAUCAGAAACGAAGAGAAGGAGAAUGACCAUACAAUAACACAACCAGACCCUUCCUCGCAUGACAUGAGCGUGGAUCUUAAUACUACAAGAAAAAACUCUACUGCCACUUCUGCCAGAGAUGACAAUGAUAGUGAAUGGGUCUCGGUAUAUUCUAGCUCGAUUAAUUCUACUGCAGCUUCUUCGAAAAGUGUACCAAAGCAUCAAUCCUUAAAUUUUGCCAAGAUUGAACCUCCGUCUUCUGUAUUAUCCAAUGAAACUAUAUCAUCAAUGGAUAACAAGAGAAGAAAUUCAAAUUCAACUCCAAUACUAAAUAAACCCAAGUCUUUAUUGUCAGGAUUGUUUCUUAAUGAGAUGGCUCAUUCACAAUCUUCUACACCGGCUCCAGUGACCGAGAAACCAAAAUUGCUAAGGUCAACAACUACUGGUGUAAUGACCAUUGACGAAGAGAAUAAACGGCCAUCCCUAAUUUUCACACGCAAAUUCCCUUCAUUUAGUGAUAUUCCUCGUAUUGGUAAACGGGUACAAUCUCCAGCAUCAAUGGCAACUAAUAGGACUAACUCAUCAUCUUCAGCUUCAGAAAGUAUAGUAGCUAUUGAUGUCGACAAUAGCCUUGACAGCAGCAACACUCCCCUCAAGAAACAGGGUAGUAGCGUUGGAAUCUCCGACAUAAAUGUAUCAAAAGUUCCCACCGCCAAAACAGCUGCCGAAGAAGAGCACGAAUUACUAUCUCAUAGUUUGAACAAGUUGUCCAGAUCUGUGUCGCACCAUUCCUUGAUGAACAUUUUAUCAAAAUCGUCCAUCAAUUUAAGUCGGAUAUACAUCAAUUCCAUGACAAAAUUGAAACCCGAAAGUAAUAAUAAUCGAAACUAUAGUGGUAAUUUGAGAUCAUAUGAUACUUCACAAUCAAAGGGAAAAAUUGAUGUCGACAAGGGAAAUAGACCAACUUCACCUAUAAAUCAACAAAAGCCAUCUGCUAUUGAAUCCACCCGCAAACAGUCACCUAGUUCAUUAACCUCCGCAUCGUCAAUCCUUGUAAACUCGUCCAAGUCAUUAGCUACACCUCCACCAUCAGCUCCCCCAGUGCCUGAAAUAACCACAACCGAUACCUCAAUAGACAACAGCAAGAAGGAUAAUCCCGCCACCAAAGUAGCAUCAAUCAAAGCAAUGACAGAUGAAGAAAAGGGGUUGAUGGAGAAUGAAGAGCUUAGUUCGUCACUACGUGAAGCAUUAUUAAUUGAUCACAAAUUGGGCAGAGUUGCUAUGCCUGAUGGAGUGAUGAUUAGAAAAUCUGUUGUUGGUGGUGACCUGAGUGAUGAUGCCGUAUUUGAUGAUUAUCAUGCAAAAGGGUGGUAG